AUGGGAAAUGUCUCGGAAACUGCUCUCUUUGUUUCUACCAUCUCAAAGGAGUAUGAUUUCUUCAUGGGCAUCAUGUACACCAUUUUUUGUGUUCUGUCUCUCAUGGGGAAUGGGAUUCUGCUCCUGGUAGCGUAUCGAAAAAGGUCCUCGCUGAAGCCGGCCGAGUUCUUUGUCAUUAACUUGUCUAUCAGCGACCUUGGAAUGACUGUUAGUCUUUUUCCAUUGGCCAUACCAUCAGCUUUUUCUCACAAGUGGUUAUUUGGAGAGCUUGUCUGCUUGGGCUAUGCUGUGUGUGGAGUGCUUUUUGGACUAUGCAGUUUGACCAACCUCACUGCACUCUCAUCUGUCUGCUGCCUCAAAGUCUGCUUCCCCAAUUAUGGUAACAAGUUCUCCUCGUUCCAUGCCUGCAUAAUGGUGGCAGCUGUUUGGUGCUAUGCCUUGGUGUUUGCCAUCGGCCCUUUGGCAAACUGGGGCCAGUACGGCCCAGAACCGUAUGGCACUGCCUGUUGCAUUGACUGGUAUGCACCUGCGCAAGAUAUAUUUGCCAUGUCCUAUAUUGUCUGCCUCUUCCUCUUCUGCUAUGUGGUUCCAUGCACCAUCAUCUUCAUCUCCUACGCUUUCAUCCUGUUCACCGUGCGGGGCUCCCGUCAGGCCGUGCAGCAACACGUCUCACCGCAGACGAAGACCACCAACGCACACACUCUGAUCGUCAAGCUCUCAGUGGCGGUAUGUAUUGGAUUUCUUGGAGCGUGGAGUCCUUAUGCGAUAGUGGCCAUGUGGGCUGCCUUUGGCACUGGAAACCAGUUGCCACCUGUAGCCUUUGCCCUGGCUGCCAUCUUUGCCAAGUCUUCUACAAUCUACAAUCCGGUUGUAUAUUUAGUCUUCAAGCCAAAUUUCCGCAAGUCGUUAUGCAGGGACACUGCACAACUCCGCCGCAGGAUCUGUUCGAGCCCUUGCAAGGGCAGCCCUGUCCCCGGGCAGGGGGACUUGUAUCCGCCCACCUCUCAGCGCACCAAUAAGGAUGUAAGCAACUCCACCCGUCUCUCCAAUGGGAUGCCGGAGACUCACGGGGCAUGUCUGCACUGUGCAGUGACAGAGGCAAGAUGCCAAGAGGCUGUCCCUCAGAGAACUGCUUGUGUGCUGACUGGCUCCGCCCACAGUGAGGUCACUGUUAGUCAGCUCUCAGAAAAUAUGCGGGCCAAUUUCCUCUAG